AUGGAUGAGGCAGAAGUAGCGUCUCGGGGGGAGGUGUCAGUCGCUCAGGUGUCACCGGCUGGACACGUGAAGAGAAAGAGAGCAGAGAACAGGAGAUCAGCGGCUGAGGAGGUAUCACAUCACAUUCGGCUCCAUGACGAGUCCAGGCGCCAGGUGCGUCUGCAAAAAGACUUCAGGAUGGACCAGAAGGAAUCGAUGAGGAGAAUCAGGAGAAACAGCAGGACUCUCCUCCAGGAUCUGUUUUACAGCGGGGUAGUCCACAGCGGAGGCAGAGAUACACCUAUCCCGGCUCAGCCUCGAGAUGCAAAAAUGAUACAGUCCAUCGCCAGCCUGAUACGAGCCAAGAGCAAACUCCUCCUGCUGGAGAACCCUGACACCGUGGAGAUCUACAAGCUGGAUGAGUCAACGCCCCGUUCUAGAAAACCGGGAAAAGGUGACGUUUACCUGCCAGCCAUCUCAACGAAGGCGGCAAGUCUGAACUCAAUCAGAGGGACUCUGAGCCAGUCCUGUCCUUAUCUAUACGACAAGCGCAGAGGGUCUUUCUCCUCGGUGGCCUCUCAGAGAGCAGGAGGUCGCCCACAGAAACAGAGUAACCUUAAGGCCCAAAGAGAGGCAAAGAAAUCCAACGUCACCGUGACGAUGACUUACCUGGGACAAGGCCGUCGGGAUUCGGGGUCCGGUUCAGCUCAGGACGAGCUGAAGGUUCUCCAGCAAGUCAACGGGGGCGAGAACAUCUGUGUCUUCAAGGGCCUGGUCACGACAGGAGGUAGGUUUGUCAUAGGGCUGAUGAUCAAAAAUUAAACGCAGUCAUGC